AUGUCCAGAGAAUAUAUAAUGCUCACGUUAUUCAAGGCUAUUCAGGGUACACCAGAAUCUAAAAUUAUCGGGAACUGUCGUCAGCGGACAACAGGAGUGCCGUCGCGGCGAAACGGAAGGAGGAGGGCUUGUGAUCGUUUCGGCAGCGGGUCGAUCGUUCCCGCGGCACAACCGAUCGCACGACGGCGAUCGCCACGAAAAAAAAAGACGGUGACGCCGUCGACUUCCGACGUCGCCGACAAGGCGGUGUCGACGGACGAUGGCGGCAGCGGCGGCAUGGAAGUGGCGCGUUUGGAGGCUGUCCUCGCCGCCCUGGUGGAGACUAAAGUGGAAGCGAUGAAGGCGUCGUCGACGCUUAGCCGACGUUCCGGCAGCGCUCCCACCAGUCCGCGUCGACCUAGAUUGACCUCAACCUCGACGGCCUCCUCCUCGUUGAACCAUCACCACCAUCAUCACCACCACCAUCAUCAUCAUCAUUCCCAGCAGCAGCAACAGCAGCACCAACAUAAUAAGAAGAAAGGCCAGCAUCAUCAGCACCACCGCCAUCAUCGCAGACGUCACGACUCCGCGCCCUGCGGGAGUGAUUACCUCAACAACGCGGUGGAUCAUUCUCAGCAUAAAUUAUCUAAUGGAAGGGGACGGAGAAGAGCCUCCGAAAGUCCUCGAAGCCCUCGAAAGAAGCGCAGGCAUUCGAGGAGCCCAAAUGUUCUCCAAGGCGUCGUCCAAGACGUUCACGCCGGCCUCGAUUCGCGCUUCGAGCUGCUUGGCAUUGACGGCGACCAAGACGUGGCCCUAAUAAAUUUCGAAAGGGCUAAAGAAGUCCUCGGCGACUCCUGCGAAUAUCCGCGGCUGCACCGAAGUGCCUGCUACUUUUCUCAAAGCGCAGCUCAAUUAAAAAUUCAUUACGACGACGACGACUACGUGGCGUUGAACGUAGCCGACGAGCUGGAGGAAGAGGAGACUCUGAGCGGACCAGAGAAGAUGGACGAAGCUCAGGGAAGGUAUCACCGACCGCGAAGAAAGCGCAAACGUAAACGACGCAAGAUCGAACCCGUCUGCCCGGAAGAGGAACUUGUCGAUCCCGAGGAACUUCCGCCUCGUGCACGAUGGACGAUCAUGGCGACCGCUUGUCUUCUGCUCGCCAUGUCCUUACUCCUGGUUGGUGUUACGCUGCGAAUGGCGCCUAUAAUUGACGACAUGGUACGGAAGGAGAACGAGGAGCUGCUGAACUCCCUGAACAGAGAUAUUUCCGUGCCCGAGAACGUUACGGCGCCUCCCUAAGACGAGGCGAAUUCUUCCGGACGGAAAUGCAUCGUCUGUCGAUCUCGAUUCGCUUCAGCUACGUGAUACGAAGUUCUCGUCUCGCGAGAAGCACGACGACAUUUCACGGCAACGAACAACGUCGUUGAGGAAUCUACGUCGCCAACGAGUUUUAAGGAGACGUUCGGGCGAUUCAGAGAAGAAAUUCCGAGACGGUGAGAAAGAACGAGUCUUUGAUCGGCAGUAAUGCUGAUUAGUUGUAUCGCAGUAUUUUAACGCGACGCUCCAGAGAUGCGUCUCUUUAUACGACGUACAUGUAUGUAUCGCAGAAACGUUAUUGCGACGAACUCGUGAAAGUCUGAUCGCGGCAUACCAUAUUGCGCCGUUGAUUGUAUUAUCGCCGCGUUCGGAAACGUCACGUUGGUACAUAUAUCUCGUAUCGAUGCAGACUAGGUGCCCUCAAUUUCAAGCUUCGCCAAUAAAGCUUCAUUCCGAUUAGAAACGCAAAACCAGAAUACAAUUUCAAGUACUGGUAAAUUGGGUCAUAAAUUAACUAUUGAAACUUGGCAGUACUUAAUAGUACUUAAUAGUAAAAUUUGUUUGUAAUAUAUUAAUGAUAAAUUAUAAAAUAUUAACUCUUAAUACA